UAGUCACCUGACUUCAGAAAAUCAAAUUGGAUUCUACAGAAAGGUUCUGUUGGAUUCUGACCGGAACCUCUUUGGGUGUGCCUUUGGAUUUCAAGUGUUGACAUGGGAAGAUGCUCCAGUUCCUCAAGCUAUCUGAAACAAGCUCAUUACAAUGCUAAGGCGCACAGUGAAGACAGUCAGUGAGAACCAGAGCUAUUGUUACAAUUGACAGCAGCCAGCUCAGGCGGCAGAGGACGAGAGAGAUCGGGCUGCACACACAUGGAUGAGGCUGACUUUUCAGAAGACACGACUUAUAAGCAGGAGGAUUUGCCUUAUGAUGGGGACCUCUCUCCGAUUAAGAUAUGCAAUGAUUACAGUUUUACCUCAAAAAAUGAUGCCUUUGAAGUCUCAAGUCAAAUUAUUUUCAUAGCAGAUGACCCUCAAGAGAAGGCUAUGCAUAAUGAGACUUGUGGAAAUACAGCUAUGACCAUGCCCCUGGGUAAAACUACUGAAAAUGCUGCCAACAAAAAAGAUGAGAAAGAGAAACAAUGCACUGCAGCUCUUCCUAUUCCAGCAAAUGAAGGAGAUGCUUCUAAGUCAAGCAUUUCUGAUAUUUUACUUCAUCAUCUUUCCAAAGAGCCAUUCUUACGAGGUCAAGGCAUUGAUUGUGAAACCCUCCCAGAGAUCUCAAAUGCCGACAGUUUUGAAGAGGAAGCUAUUAUUAAAAGUAUUAUUUCAUGUUGUAAUAAGAAUUCUUGGCCAAAAGAACAAACCCUAGAACUCACUGACCAACUCAACCCCAAAAAGGAUGGUGAAAACAGCAAUAAACCUGGUUCUCCCACCAUGACAGAAGAAAAUACCUCUGAUUUAGAAGAGACGGUGGCUGCUGGAGAUAGCAGCCAUCAAGAAAAUGUAAAUAUUCUAACUAAAACCAAGGGUACAGGUGAUAAACAAAACAGUUAUCAAGGGCAAGCACCCCAGAAACAGCAGACUGAAAAAGCAAGUUCGGGCAACAGGUUCAAAUAUGGCCAAGGUCAAGUUCAUUACCAGCUCCCUGAUUUCUCUAAGAUUGCUCCCGAAGUGAAAAAUCCUAAAAACCACAUAAUUAAUAAACCACUUGCAAUAGCUAAACAAGCCAGCUUUUCUAAGUUGAGAGAGAAACCCGCUGUUGUGCAAGAUAUUUUAGAAACCAUGCCUGAGUCAAACUGUGUUGAAAAACAACAUCAAGAGCAGAAAGGGGAAAUCACUGAACCUUCACAACAAAUCCAGAUGGAGCCCACAGUACAUAUCUACCAAGAACUUCUCACAGGAAUAGAAUCUGAGGCAAGUCUCUCUAAGUUGUCACCAACCUCUCAGAAAGGAACUUCCUCAAGCUCUUCUUACAUAUUUCAGAAGAUAUCCCAAGGGAAACAGAUGUGUCAGAAGUUAAAAGAACAGACUGAUCAACUGAAGACUAAAGUACAAGAAUUUUCCAAAAGAAUAAAACAGGAGUCUCCUUAUCAUUUGCAAGACAAGAAGCUGGUCCUGGAGAAACUGCAGGGACACCUUGAACUGCUGGAGCAGAACUUUCUGGCCACCAAGGACAAGCAUCUGACUUUGCAGCAGCAAGUCCACAAGCACGAAUCAACAAUUGUCAGUGACUUUGAUCCAGAAAGAAAAGUGGAAGGUGAAAUCUUCAAGUUGGAGAUGCUACUUGAAGAUGUUAAAGAUAAAAUGGAUGAAAGCAAAUAUACUUCAGCUCCUUCUCUUCCUGUGAGUUCUCCAGUUACCCUAGAUGACUUGGCCUCCACCUCCUCUUCACUCUCAAAUGAGGUUCCCGAGGAGCACCCUGGCCACCCUCCUGGGCCUCGAGGCUCAGGUGGGAGUGAGGCGACAGGGACACCCCAAGGAGGGCCGCAGGAGGCCCCCAAGGAGGAGCUCUGUGAGCUGACCCCGCAGAUUUACCUAAAUGGUCAUUAUGGAGAUGCAACUGUCCAGAACCAGCCAGACCAAGUGGCCAUGAGGCUGUCUUCUAACUCUGGGGAGGACCCCAGGUGCACUCCAGGAAGGCAGGAUUGUUCAGAGACGACGGCACCCAGUCCGAGCUGUGCCUUCUGUCGCAGGCUCCUUGAAUGGAAGCCAAAAGUGGAGAAAAAGGGCCACAGAAGGAUCCACUGUGGAAGAUUUUCAACUGUCCAUGAAAAGGCACCACAUUCAGAUUCCACUCCCAAUUCUGAUACAGGACACAGCUUCUGUUCUGAUUCUGGCACUGAAAUGCAGGGUAACAAAUGUCAGGACUGUGGCACUAAGAUUCCUACCUCCCGAAGAGCCUGCAGAAAGGAACCACCUAAAGAAUUUCAUUAUAGAUACAACACUCCAGGAGAGAAUUACUCAAAUCAUAGCAAAAGAGGUGCCUUUGUCCAGCCCCAUUCUUUACAUGAAAGCAAAAACUCUUCACCCUCUUUUUUAAAACUCAAACGGAUCUGUUCUCAGAGAGUGAAUUCAAAAUCCUUUAAAGGUGAACAUGAGCCCACACCAGGAAAAAAAAACCUUCAGGCUUUCAUGACCUACAGCUCAGACCCUGUAACACCCUCGCCCCAUUUCUACUCCUGCAGGAUUUCUGGAAGCAAAUCUGUAUGUGACUUUGAUAGCACUGAAGAAACAAAAUCUGAGAUUUUAAACUCGGCUUUGGAUCAUGCCCUAAGGACAGCAACCAUUUUGAAAGAAACUACAGAUCAAAUGAUUAAAACGAUUGCAGAAGACCUUGCUAAAGCACAGAGGUGGAGGAAUCGACUGAAAUACUAGUUCAACGCUAGGCAACCAAGGAUUCAAAAGAAAAAAAUGCAAAGAAAACUUGAUCUUCCCCCAAAAUGUAUUUUACUUACUACACAAUUUAGGAAGAUGACUAUCUAGAGAAAACACAGAAACCAUAAGAAAUGGGUAACACAAAGUACUAAAGGAAAAAGAAAAAAAGAAAGGACUUUUGAUUCUUAAAAUCAAAAGCAACCAACAAGUAUUUAUUUUAAAAUAAAUCUAUGUUCUUCCUAACUCAUAAUAAAAGAAACCAAAACAAAACAAUGAAUUUCCUUUUAUCUAUUAGUCUGAAAAAAGAUGAAAGAACCCUGUGUCAGUGAGGAUGGAGGAAACUGGUACUCUCACAUGCUGUUGGCGGAAAUGCAACUUUUUUGGAAGACCAUUUGAUAAUAUCUACCAAGUUCCACAAAUUCCAAAUCACGUACCUUCAGAGCAGCAGUUUCACCACUAGGAAUUUCUUUUAUAUAUAAGCCACACAAUGUGGCACGAUAUAUGUACAGGGAAGGCCACUGGAGCAUUGAUCGUAACAACCCCAAGGGGGAACUAAUCUAAAUACCGCCUGUGAUGAUUCAUAAAUGACAAUACUUUGUAGCCACCGAAAAGAAUGAGGUUGGAUUAUCUGCAAAAGUCAGUGAAAGAAGCAAGAUAUCUAAGCAUAUAUACAGACAGUUGUAACCUCAGGGGUCUUGCU